AUGGUUCGCAUCGCUCUCUUCGCUGUUCUUGCCUUCGCCGCCGGCGCUAUUGCACAGGCCAUCCCCAACACCUCCGGUGCCCGUGACGUCGGCAACGGUCAGGGCCGCCAGUUUACCACCGGUGGUUGCGUUUCCGACGCCGAUUGCCAAGAGGCCUGUUGUGCGAAUAAUGGCGCCGGAACCGGCAUUUGCUCCGGCAUUGGCGCUGAGUUCCAGAACGGCAAGCAGGGCUGCGGAUUCAACGACCCCAACGCCGCCGCCGCGAUUGCUGCUGCCCAGGAGCAGGUCGCCCGCCAGGGAUUCUAA